GACUUCUUUAGGGAAAUCGCUUGGCCACCGGAAAGUUCCAAAGGACCUAGUGACUGGCUCUGUGACAGGAGUUCGAAGGCGCCACUCUCGCGCUCACCCUCACUUACAGGGGAGUUGGCGGGUCUCCAGUCUUCUCCGAAGGAUUUUCUCCAGCAGUGUUACAGCUCUUUUAGAAUUUGUCUAGCAGGUCUUCCGGUUCCUACCGGAAGGCCCCCCCAGCACGCUGUAUUUAACAAUAGAUGAUUGUAUCUCCUGCACUCAGUCUCUUUCCCGGAGUUCUGUAUCCUGCUCUAGAAUUUCAGGGUGGGUGUAUAGUGACAAGUGCCGGCGAUUGGCUUCCGGCUUGACGACAGCCGUUCUCUUUCCGCCUCCAUCUCUCUUGGAUGGUUCUCUUCUUCUGAGCCUCCCUUUUCCUGCUGCACGUGCAGCUUUCGUGGCCCCAUGGCGUCUGCCUCGUCGCAGCCAGCGACCCUGAGUGCCGAGCAGGCCAAGGUGGUCCUGGCCGAGGUGAUCCAGGCGUUUUCGGCCCCGGAGAACGCCGUGCGAAUGGACGAGGCCCGGGACAACGCGUGCAAUGACAUGGGCAAGAUGCUGCAGUUCGUGCUGCCCGUGGCCACGCAGAUUCAGCAGGAGGUUAUCAAAGCCUAUGGCUUCAGCUGCGACGGGGAAGGUGUCCUGAAGUUUGCCCGCUUGGUCAAGUCCUAUGAAGCCCAGGACCCCGAGAUCGCCAGCCUGUCAGGCAAGCUGAAGGCUCUGUUCCUGCCACCUAUGACGCUGCCACCCCAUGGGCCCGCGGCUGGUGGCAGCGUGGCCGCCUCCUGAGGGCUGGCCUCCCCUGCCAGGGAAGACUGAGGAUAAUAAACUUGUCUGUGACUUGG